UUGGCUUAGUUGAAACACUGCUGUAUUGGGUUCGUGUAACCUUGAGCAUAUCUGCAGGCUACAUCUCUAACUGGUGCUGAGGUUAACACAGACGCUAUAAUCAGAGAAGUGUCCCUGGCUGGUACACCACACAGUUUCUGGGUCAUUCCUCAGCCCUCUGAGAGGGCCCCAUGCACAUGAGCAACAGAGGGAGACAGAGAGAGAGGUUGGGAGAGAGAGAGAGAGGGAAAGGUAUUUAUAGAAAAAUGGGGCUUCGCAGUACCUUUUCUUGCAAAGAACCAUUUCAGGACCAAGUGUCCCAGUUUUCUGAUCAUCGCUCAGCCAUAGGGCUUGGACUGAGGCUGAGGCUGGAUCGCCUCACCCAGGAUGGAGAGCCUGACUUACAGACGCUCUCCCCUCUCCUCCGGCCUCCCUCUCCUCAGCUCCAGUCCGCUGGUUCUCUGAUUGAGAACAGGGGGAGGCACUGGCCUACAUAAUCUACAGAUGUGACCCUUUAGGUGUACUCGAUUUGCCUAGCUGGGUAGAAGCUUUUGGAGGCAGUGAGCUCAGGUGAGGAGCAGCAAGAGGGUGUCCGUGGACACUCUUUGGCUGCAACAACCCCCAGGUUGGGGGUGUAGGGAGGCUGGCUGGAACGUGCCCCGCUGCAAGCCGGGCAAGGAUGAGGCGUUUCCUGAGCAGAAAGGGCCGCUUCUCCCUGCGCCAGAGCAAGUCUGGGACCCGGAGUGCCUCCAAAGAUUUCUACCUCGGCCUGCCAGCCACCAAUCAGAACUGGCCUGAGGCUUUUGGCUUCCGACUGGGGGGCACUGGGCCCAGCUACAUCCUGUCCGUGGUGGAGGGCAGUAGCGCCUACCUGGCAGGUCUGCAGCCAGGGGACCAAGUGGUGGACAUCGAGGGCCAGGACGUGACCAACCUCAGCACUCCGGCACUCAUCGCCCUGGCUCAGACCCUCAAGACGGUGCCACCCAGCAUUGGAGUGGUGUCACGGAUCGAACAGCUUGACAUCACUCCUGGCCCAGAUGGCCGUUUUGGCUUCACCAUAGUGGGAGACAGCCCUCUCAUGGUGGAGGACUGCAUGCCCAACGGUCCGGCUGGUCGCACUGGCCUCAAGGCUGGGGACUAUGUCAUGGAGGUCAACGGCAUCCCGGUGAAGCAUCACGAAACAGCAGCGGCCAUGAUCAAAGCAGCCCAGGGUCGCCCUCUGCGUCUGGGCGUGCUCAGUAUGGCCCGGCGGCCCAAGCGGCUGAGCAGCAGCAUGAGAGUGCUGUCACAGAGUGGUGAUAGCGUGAGGGAGAGUCGCGCCCACAAGGCCAUGGAGUUCAAUAAGAAGGUGGAGGAAGUGCUCGGAGAGGAGCCAGAUGUGAAGGAACAGCUGUUUGAGGUGCUGAAGCAGUAUGCUGCUGAGAGGGAUGUGGAGAGUCUGGCUGAGGCCCUGCCUGACAUCCUGAUCACAGAGGAACAUCAACAGCUAAUUGACAGCGUCAGGAUCUUCAUCCCCAAGAAGCACCGGGAGCGCUUUGACGAGGUGGUUUCCCAGAGCCUGAUGAGCCGCAUCAAGGGGCGUAGCUUUAGUGACCCUAGCCGUAACCGCCUUCGCCGCAGCCGGAGUGAGGAUCACCCAGAACGACUUCUGGUCUCCACCCGCGCCAGCUCAGUUCCACGCACCCACGCGGAAGAAGGCGUGGCCCCACCCACCCGCGGCAUGCGCAAGACCACCUCACUGAUCGCUGGCCACUCCAGUGGCUCCACAACCAACUGCAGGACAGUGAGAGUGUGCAAGGGCAACAUGAGCUUUGGCUUCACUCUUAGAGGCCAUGCUCCAGUGUGGAUUGACUCUGUCAUCCCAGGAAGCCCAGCAGACAAGGCAGGUCUAAAACCAGGAGACCGCAUCCUGUUUCUUAAUGGACUGGACAUGAGGACCUCCUCCCACGAGAAGGUGGUAUCCAUGCUCCAAGGCAGUGGUGCCAUGCCCACCCUGGUAGUGGAGGACGGCCCGCCUACUUUCAGCCUAUCAGAGCAGGACCUCACAGGGGGUGGCGUUCCCACAGAACGUGCCCGCUCUCCUAUGCUCAGCUCCCUGCAGUGGGUAGCAGAGAUUCUGCCUCCCAGUAUCAGGGUGCAGGGCCGUACCUUUGGACAGCAGCUGGAGCACCUGCUGACUAUCCAAGAGAGGUAUACCAUCUGCAAGGCUCUGGAGAACUUCUUCCAGCACAGGAAUGUUGACACUCUGAUCGUGGAUGUGUUCCCGGUGCUGGAUACCCCAGCCAAACAGGUGAUCUGGCAAUUUGUCUACCAGCUGCUGACGUAUGAAGAGCAGGAGCACUGCCAGAGCAAGAUCUCGCGCUUCCUUGGAUACAAAGCACCAGUUCCACCACCACCACCACCUCCUCCCCCUCCUCCAGAGCCUGAGGUUGUCCCUGAGCCCCAUCGCCGUAGCAGCUCCAUGAGGGUGACAGGGACCACGUACAGGAGCAGUGUGAGGGGACGUAGCUCUGAUGACCUGGUCAUCGGCACACACUUGGGCAUGGGCGUCCGUGCAGAGCCAGUACUGGAGACAGGGAUGAGGUUGGCUCCAGGGGAAAGACAGUCAGGAGAUGGUACCUCACUUCCUGAGACUCCCAACAACCUCACCAAUUUGUCAGCAGUGUAUGCUGAACUGGAGAACAUGUACUCAGCCAAGAGGUCCAAGUCCCUGAAGAGUCGCCCUCCUCCUGCCCCUGAGAGUUUGCUGGAUCUGGAACCUCCUUCCGGCACAGCUUCCCCUACAAUACAUGCUAACACAGGUAGCCGUAAAGCCCCCCCUCCUCCUGCAUCCUGGUCAGAGCCUCUUCCCAGCCCUCCUCCAUCCCAGUUCUACUCAUCAGGGCUGACAAGUCAGACCAGUGGGGAGUCCAACCCCUACAUUAGCCUGGACAGCCCCCCACCUUCACCACCGGAGCCCCCUGACUACCCAUCGAGUCCCCCCGCCCACCGCAGCAGCAAGCGCCGAUACACUUUCUCCAAACCGCCUCGGUCUGAAGACACAGAUCGUUUUCUGGACGCACUGAGUGAGCAGCUGGGACAGAGGGUGGCCAUCGUUGAUGACUUCCUGACACCUGAAAAUGACUACGAGGAGAUGGGAUUCCCAGAUGAGGAGGAUGAGGACAAUGAAGAAGAGUUGGGGGUGGACGAAGAAGAAAAUGGAGGAUUUGUGGCCCCAGAACUCAGCAGCCCAAGUGAUGUUCAGAGCAGCAGUGGAGAGGAGAAUGCCUCUUCCCUCACCUACUCCUCAUCCUCUGACCACAUCCCUCCGCCCCCCAUGACCCCUCCUCCACCCCCACCUGUUCAGUUCAAUGAUCCGCCUCCUCCCUCUCCUGUACCUGCUCAGACUCAGCCUCAGCAGCAACAGCAGCAACAGCUUAACUACACCCCUGAACACUCCCCGAGAGCAUAUGUGCCCAUCCGCCGGAAAUCUGGCCCACCUCCCCCACCUCCACCCCGCAGUAAUCUGCCAACUAAACGCCACUCCCUACAUAAAAUGAUGCCCACAAGAGAGGACAUACAGGUUCAUGCUACCAUACAAGAGCUAAAGGCCUUCCAAGAACAACAAGUCUACCAGGAAAGACAAGCUUACGAGGAACAACAAGCAUAUAAAGAGAGGCAAGCAUAUGAAGAGCAGAAAGCCUAUGAAGAACAACAACUGUUCCAAGAGCAGCAGGCCUACCAGGAGAAAAUUUUCAAAGAGAGACAAGCCUAUGAGGAGCAGAAGGCGUAUGAGGAGCAAAAAACUUUUGAGGAGCAACAAAUGUACCAAGAGCAACAAGUCUACCAAGAAAGACAAGUAUAUGAACAGCGUCAAGCCUACCAGGAACAAAAAGUGUAUGAACAGCGUCAAGCCUACAAAGAGCAAAAAGCAUUUGAGGAGCUUCAAGCCUACCAGGAGCAAAAAGCAUACGAGGAACGUAAAGCUUAUGAGGAGCAAAAAGCAUAUGAGGAACGUAAAGCUUAUGAGGAGCAAAAGGCAUACGAGGAACGUAAAGCUUAUGAGGAGCAAAAAGCUUACGAAGAGCGCCAAGCCUUCGAGGAGCAACAAAUGCAACUGAUCUACCAGAGCCACCACUCGAUGCCUGCCCAGCCCACACAACAGAAAUCCCACUCUCCACUCCCUCUCCAACAACUGCACCAGUCCUUACCCCCCCUCCCCUCACCAGACUCCACCCACCAACACGUUAACCAUCCUCUCUACAUGAUACGCCAAGCACAGCAGCAACAGGUCCACCACAGUCAUUACCACCGACGUCAGUCUCGCUCAGCCCCACCCCCACACCAGCCGUCACCCCAACCAACAGUCCAUCCCAGCCAGCAGGGUCAGUAUGCUGAAGGUAUCUACCAAAGUCAUCAGGGCCUAAGAACCCAGCCCCACCAUUCUUCAGCGGAAAUGCUUAACCAGAUGCACCAAGCCCCAGCUCACCAUUCCUCUGCCGAGGUGCUCCACCAGUUGCAACAAUCACAAGCCCACCACUCAUCUGCUGAGAUGCUGCAACAGAUGCAACAAGCCCACUACUCGUCAUCAGAAAUGCUCCACCAAAUGCAUAAAUCCAAGGCCCAUCAUUCUUCAUCUGAACUCCUGCACCAAGCACACCAGAUGCAGCAAAUGCAGCCUCACCACUCCUCGACCGAACUUCUCCAUCAAGCUCACCAGAUGCAUCGGGGACAAGCCCACCAUUCGUCCACCGAGCUGCUCCAUCAAAUACACAAACCCCAGGCCCACCACUCCUCGACAGAGCUUCUCCAUCAAGCUCAUCAGAUGCACCAACCGAAGCCCCAUCACUCCUCCACAGAGCUUCUGCAUCAAGUCCAGCAAGAGCCUGCCCCCCUCCAAGUUCAGCUAAACCGGGAGAGCCACUCACACCAGAGCCGCAGAAGUCUGAAAGGUCAUCAUCAAACCCAAGUGUCACCGCAGGGAAGACACCAAGAGCAGCAGAUCCACCAAACCCAUCACCCCCAGCCCACCAAACCCUCUCCCCAGAGACCCCACUCAAUCCAGCAGACCCACCACCACUCCAGCACUCCUCAGAUCCACCACAUCCACCACAUGACCCCACAGCCCCCACCGCAGGACUUCCAACACCAGAUUCAAGUCAUCCACCCUCCCCAGCAGCCCCACAGACCCCAGCCCCUUCUUUCUACCUUUCAGCCCCUCCAGCCCCUCCAGCCGCACCAGCCCACCCUCUCCACGUUCCAGCCCCUGCCCCAACACCACCAAUCCCAGCACCAAGUCCAAUCCUCCACCCAAGCCACCCGUCCACAGUCCCAACCCUCCCACCACCUGCUGCAGUCCCAACACCAGCCCCAAACCCAGGCCCACCACAAACCGAGUCAGCCCCAGUCCCUCCCCCACUCUCUAUCAGACCCCUCAGAGCACGUGGAGCCCCCUCCGCCUCCACCCCUGCCCCCACCUUGCUCCCCUCCACCCCUGCCAAGGCCCAGUCUCUCCAGGAUGGACUCCAACCACAUGAGUGUGAAGAGGUUGCGCUGGGAGCAGGUGGAAAACUCAGAGGGCACCAUCUGGGGACAGUUGGGAGCAAAUUCUGACUAUGAAAAACUGCAUGACAUGGUGAAGUAUCUGGAUCUGGAGCUGCACUUUGGGACACAGAAGAGCUCCCUGCCUGCUCCAGAGCCAUCUCCACAGCCAGAAACUUUCAAGAAGAAAGAUGUGAUUGAAAUUCUGUCCCAUAAGAAGGCCUACAAUGCCUCCAUCCUGAUAGCCCACCUGAAGCUGUCCCCUGGGGAGCUGCGUCAGGUGCUGAUGAACAUGGCCACUGAUAGGCUGGAGCAAACUCACAUCAAACAACUGCUGCUGUAUGCCCCUGAUGCAGAGGAGGUGAAAAAGUAUGAAGAGUACAGACAGGACCCGAGCAAACUCAGCGAGCCAGACCAGUUUGUGUUGCAGAUGUUAUCGGUACCAGAGUACAAGGUCCGUCUGCAGAGCCUCCUCUUCAAGUGUUCUCUACAGGAGAAGACAGAGGAGCUGAGGGGAGCGUACGACUGUAUAUACAAGGCCUCCUUAGAGCUGAAGACAAGCAAGAAGCUGGCCAAGAUACUAGAGUUUGUGUUGGCGAUGGGGAACUACUUGAAUAACAGCCAGCCUAAAACCAGUAAGACAACAGGAUUCAAGAUCAACUUCCUUACAGAGUUAAGCACAACUAAAACAGUGGAUGGGAAGUCAACGUUUCUGCAUAUUCUGGUCAAGUCAUUAUGCCAUCACUUUCCUGAAGUGUUGGAUUUUUCCAAAGAUCUAACCAUGGUUCCUCUUGCAGCCAAAGUAAACCAGAGGACUAUCACAUCAGAUAUGAAUGACCUCCAUACAACCAUCCAGGACAUUCGCUCAGCCUGUCAGAAGAUGCCUGCGACUGCUGAGGACCGUUUUGCUGUUGUCAUGAGUAACUACCUGGAAAACAGCCAUCCAGCGGUCCAGUCUCUGGAGUCCCUCCAACAGAGAGCAAUGGAAGAAUUUUCCAAAACUGCUUCCUACUUUGGAGAGGAUGGCAAAAACGCCAACACUGAGGCCUUCUUUGGUAUCUUUUCUGAAUUCAUCAGCAAGUUUGAGAGAGCUCUCAGUGAUCAGCAAAUUGCAGAAAACCCGAAGAGCCCCAGAAGUCCACGAAUGGCCUCACCGCUGGCCUGGUAACACACACACACACAUAAAGAGAUGAUCACAUAGUUCAUACAGCAUGCACACAUGUACACAGAUACAUCUACAGACGUACUGUACACAUACUCUGUAUAUACACACACCCACAUACACAGAUACACACUUUUGAGCAAAAAAAAAACAAGUUUUUAUGUACAGUAUUUAUGUGUUUUUGGCCAAAUUAAGGGCAAUGAAGAAGUUUUGGAAAGAGGCAAAAUAUAAAGUCUCUUGCAUCAAAGAUGGAUAAUUUAGCUUUAUGCCAGUGGUGUACUAUAUGUAUCCUCCUGUAUUGAAAACUUAAAUGGCUAAGAAGACCAGUAAUAGAACAACACCUUGUUUGGCCGUCAAGGUAUCUCUGCUGUUUGAAAGAUAGUUACUCAGCAACCUCCUAUAGUUUAAGUUUUCUUUAUCUAAGACUGAGUUUAGGUCAUUGAAUACCUCUGUAAGGGUGGUAUAUAAUUCUACAAUAAAAUCUUUGUGAUAUAUAAGAAGUAGCUUUACAAAUGAAAAUUUAUCCUGAAAUAGAUGUUUAAUUAAAAUACCCUCACAUACAGUACAGUUGGAGGUUUGGAAGAAAACCACAAAAGCAGUUUUCCUCUUAGUUUACAUGUUGUGUAUUUUUGUAAGCCGCCCACCACACUGAAUGUAAUAUGAGUUCUUUACUAAGUGUAGCUUAUUUUCUUGAGUAAACACUCAAAUACUCAGCUGUCCUGAUGGUACUUUGUAAAAAUGGAUUGUUUCAUUUGCUGCAUUGUGUCAAUGAGUUUUCCAAAACUUACCAUGUCAAUCAUAGCUGUAUGAAUUGUUUUCUAAAUGGUAAUGUAUGAUACUUAACUUUGAAUGCUACCUACUUGUACAUAUGAGACAAUGUCAGUGGGAGUUGGAACUUACUACUUGUUUUAUAAAAGACAAUUUAAACUGUUGCAAGGAUCAUUUUUAACCCAGCUAAAGUCAUUAACACGCAAUAACAGAUAGUAGAUUUGGGAUCAUGUGGAGAUUACAGCGGGCAGUGUGCAAUAUGUGGAUGUUUAGCUGUGUUCCACUUUAGAUAUUAUACUCAUUUUACUGUAACAGAGAUAUCUUGUGUUUGUACUGUACAGAAGGAGAGUGAAUAUAAAGAAUACAGUCGCUACAAUAUACUGUAUAAAGCACUUUGUUACCUUCAUUUAUUGCCAAAAUAUUUCUUUUAUUGAUCAUAUCAUAUGUCUGAACAGGAAGUUAUACCACUGAGAGGACAGCAGUGUUGUUAAGUUUAGUGCAGCAGAUUCAGUAUUUUACAUAAUUGUCAAUCUAAUAAUACAGCAUACCAGCUUUUCAGAUAUGCCAUUGCUUUGUGAAGCAUAAAGCUUAGUCUUCAAGUGAUAUUUUUAAAUGGUAAAGCAAAUUAUUAUGACAAGAAUAAUAUGUGCAGCUACAGUGGUAAAUGCUUUGUUUUCUAAACUUAUGAAUUGUUUGAUUCUGCUUGAAUUAUAGAAUUUAAACUUCUGAAGUGUUGCUGUCUGUUUAAGGCCUAUAAAGUGUUAAGUCUGUAUUUUGUAUUGUAUCCUUACAAUGCUGACAAAUAUAAAGAGUCAUAUGAAGUCUACUUUCACCUGAAUGUCUGUGUUUUAUGACUUCUGAUGGAAAAAAAAAACAUCUGUAAUGGUUGCUGAUAUGCUCAUGGAAAUGUGUUGUCUUAUAGAGAAAUAAAACCAUAUGAAGCAUUGUA